UCGGAAUCGGCUGCUGUGCUGUUGUCAGCUGAGAUCCAAGCCCCUGAUUGGUUGAGAUAUUGAUGACGUAUCACGCCUUCCCGCGCUGUGACGUCAUACCUCUGCUGACAGCCGGCUUUUCGGCUGCUGGGAGAAGGCAGCAGCACGUCAGCCGAAAUUCAAAGUGGCUCGAAAGUGGCGCAUGUAAGUCAAAGCGCAGCUUUAUAGUGCAGGUGGUUAGUUUUUAUAUACGAUGUUUUUGACGUAUUUUGUAUUAAAUAUUUUUCGCGAAAGAUAGCAAUUAUUUCUUUUUCAUGGCGCAAUGUGCGAGUCAGCCUGAAAACAGUACCUACAAAUCGAAAUGCCAGCACUGCCUCAAUUAUCAAUCCUGUAAUUUUUUCUAUAGCCUCGGCAAAUAAACCUCAGAAAUAUAAUGUAACGACUAACGGAAGAUAGUCGUUGAAAAAAGCGCGAAAAUGCUACCUCUCCUCAAGUCUCAACUCUCAACCCUAUCUGUCGAGCGCCAUCUUAGCAUCUAAGCGCCAUCUGGGCUGACGUUUCCUGUCAGCCGAUUAUGAACAAGCCCAUCAGCAGCGUGGUGUGGGCGGGGCUUAUUCUCGGCUGACAAAGUUCUGUCAGCCGAUUCCGACCAGGCCUGUGCAAGGUUUUAGCGUUUGGCGUGGUCAUGCUUUUGUGAACUAUACCAUGUGAAAUGAUUUGCAAUUAAUACCAAAGUCAAACAAGAGGUGAAGAUGGAUCCUGAGGAGCCUGCCGAGAGAAAAAAGCCUGAAGAAACCAAGGAAAAUGAACACAGUGUGGAGAGUCUGGCGGAGGUGUUCCGCUGUUUCAUCUGCAUGGACCGUCUGCGGGACGCCCACCUGUGCCCGCACUGCUCCAAACUCUGCUGCUACAUGUGCAUCCGCCGGUGGCUGACUGAGCAGCGCAGCCAGUGUCCGCACUGCCGCGCCAGCCUGCACCUACACGAGCUGGUCAACUGCCGCUGGGUGCAGGAGGUCACUCAGCAGCUGGACACACUGCAGGCGGUCGGCGCCAACCUCAAACUGGACACCGGCGAGCGAGACAAAUGCGAGACCCACCAGGAGAAGAUGUCGGUGUACUGCUGGACGUGCCGCGAGUGCAUCUGCCACCAGUGCGCGCUCUGGGGCGGAACCCACUCGGGACACGUGUUCAAACCCCUGGAGGAGGUGUAUGAGCAGCACGUGGGGCAGAUCAAAACCGAGGUGUCAUUGCUGCGCAGGAGACUGAUGGAGCUCAUCAGUCUCGUCCAGGAGGUGGAGCGUAACGUGGAGUCGGUGCGGGCCGCCAAGGACGAGCGUGUCCGUGAGAUCAGGAACGCCGUGGAGCUGAUGAUCGCCCGGCUCGACUCGCAGCUCAAACAGAAGCUGCUGACACUCAUGUCGCAGAAGAACCUGCUUACCCAGGAGACGGAGCAGCUGGAGAGCCUGCUGCAGGAGAUCGAGCACAGCCUGCACACCAGCGCCCGCUCCGAGCUGAUCGCCCGUUCGCCUGAGCUGCUCAACAUGGUGUACCAGGUGCACAAGAAGCCGAUGGCCUCGUUCGUCACCGCCCCCGUACCCGCCGACUUCCAGAGUGAGAUCGUGCCGCCGUACGACAGCAGUACGUUCAUCAUGUACCACUUCAGCUCUCUGCAGAGCAAGGCCGAUCCGGUCUACUCGCCGCCUCUGCACGUCAGUGGUCUGUCGUGGCGUCUCAAGGUGUACCCGGACGGUAACGGAGUGGUCCGCGGCAACUACCUCUCCGUGUUCCUGGAGCUUAGCGCCGGCCUACCGGAGACCUCCAAAUACGAAUACCGCGUGGAGAUGAUCCACCAGGGCUCGCGCGAUACCAGCAAGAACAUUGUGCGCGAGUUUGCCUCUGAUUUUGAGGUGGGCGAGUGCUGGGGCUACAACCGGUUCUUCAGGCUCGACCUGCUGGCCAGCGAGGGCUACCUCAACACCGAUACGGACACACUCAUACUGAGGUUCCAGGUGCGGCCUCCGACGUUUUUCCAAAAGUGUCGUGACCAGCAGUGGUACAUUAACCAGCUGCAGACCAUCCAGGGACAGUAUGUCGCCCAGAUCAACGACCUCAAGGAGCGUAUCGCCAUGGAGCUGACCCGCGUGGCCAGCGGUAAGGGCACGCCGUCCGGAGACUGUCACCAGCAGAUGAUGGAGGCCGGCCUGGGUCCGACCAGCAUCAAAGGCCCGGCGCCGCACCCGCACCCGCUGCCGCUGCCCCGGCCCAAGCCGGCGCGCAACAAGAAGGUGGAGACGGUCGGGGUGGAACUGGAGGCCGAGAGGCAGAGCAAUACGUCCAGCGACUCGGAGGACAUCAGCGAAGGAGAGCACGAAGUGUUCGAGUUUCUGGAGCCCUCUCUGACACACACCGAGGAGAACUCCAACGACGAAAAUGACGUCGAUGAUGAGGCCAUGUCGGGCGAUAACGACGUGGAGCGCUCCCUGACGGGCUGUCCGUCCUCGCUGCGCGGCUCGGGCCAGCUCAGCCUGCUCGGUGACUCGCUGCUCUCUGCAGAGCUGGACUCACUCUCUGAUACUAUGGGCGCGGUGGGCGGCUGUGACCCGCGCACUACAUCCACCUCGCAGGAUGACCAGGUGAUGCUGCUGCACCUGCUGGACAUGCAGGAGCGGUCGGCCAGCGGCGGCCGGUACCGCGCCUGCGCCCGGCCCCGGUCGCGUUCCCUGCGCCGGCCUCUGGUCACCGCCAACAGCGUACUGCACACCCUGCAGCUGGACCGGGCGCUGGACGGAUCCAAACUGGCCGACCAACUGGUGGCACUGAACCUCUCGUCGGACCUCUGUCGUCCGGGCGUCUCCGGUCUGAAGACCAGCGCUGAGUCCGACCAGCCGCCUGCGGUGGGUGCCGUGUCGGACCUGGGCCUGGCGCUGGACCCCGUGCCUGCCGAGCUGCUGUCGGCCCGGCCCGGCCCGAGCUCGUCCUCCUCCAGUGGCACCCUGACUGCGGAGAGCGAGCAGCCGACCCGCGCCGCCGGCGGCAGGGCCUCCUGGCGACCUGGUCGGCAGAUGGCAGCAGCAGCAGCGGCCAAGUCUGAGCCCAAUCCGGGCCCGGCGCGGGCGGCGGCCAGCACCGAGGUCUCCUCUGGAGCGGCUCCCUCCCAGUCGGUGGUCGCCCAGCCCGUGUCGGACCGAGAGCGCAGCUCCGAGCCAGGUGGCAAGUGAGCGGAUGGUUUCGCCGUGGAGAAUGACACUACAGAAGAAGACUGACCCCGGCGAGGGAUGUAUGGCGGUGCACAGACUGUCGAAGAAGAGGUCUUUGUGAACCAACACGGGGUAAAGAGGGGAUGGGGUCUGGGGAAAUGCACACACGGGUUACAGGAGCGGUACUGGGAUACGUGAUGGCAUCCGUACCGGGAUCUUUGGGCUCAAAAUGAUCCAUCACUGGUCAAACAGGUCCGCCAGGGUGGCAAAGAGCACAAAUAGAAGCUGUCAUAGCGACGUCUUGGCAACAGGUGGCCUGAUCCUUAAAAGUUUUACUCGAUUCCGCUCCAGAAUGCAGAAUAACGACGAAAUUUUGUCCGGCCACAGAGCACUGCCCAUUUUAGUAGGAUGGUAGCAGCGAAACGCUCAGCUUGAAGGAGAAAUCUCAUAUUAUUGCACAUCGGAUGCUUCUCGGUUAGAGACAGCAUACAAGAUCGUGCACGAUGCGAAAGUGGCUCGUAAUGCUAGGGCGGAUCGGAUGUGGGCAGAACGUGGAUAAAUGUGGACAAGGCGUCGAGUGGGUGUGACAUCAAAGUGGAUCUGUGUGAUCGGAUGACCAACAAGUGAGCAAUGAGAGCGAAUGAAGGACUCAGUAGAGCCGCGGAAAUGCUUAUACUUGGACGUGGGCGAGACCCGAAUUAUGUGUGCAAUGCUAUGUGUGUUCCGAUGUGGGGUCGGUGCGGGUCGGGGUGGGGAGGAGGGGGGGGGGGGCAGGCUCCUCCAGUCUCUGGCCUUGAUACUGUCGGGGCGACCUCUCAAAGCCUCACUCCGGGUGAUAUACUACGUGCAACCCAGUCAUCGGCGCUUGAAGCGCGCCGCUCGCGUUCUCCCUGGGCCGUACGGUGUGCAAUCUCUGUCACAUGUCCUUGGUUCCGCGCAGGGUUGGCCGCUUUUCACCAGUCAUGUUCAAAUUCUAGCUGCUACCGCUCGCUGAGAAGUGUUGUGUUUCGUUUUCGUAGUGGUUUUUAGAAGUGCGUAGAUGUUGGCGUGAGAGUAAUGUCAUCGUUAGCUUUAACUUCCGUUCUUUGUUGAGUUUGUUUGUGAGAGUCGCUACUGGUUAGGAGACGCCCGUCAUACGUGCGAAAUUUCUCGGUUCUGACCACUUGUCUCGCUGUGAUACGCUGAAUGUCAUUCCCUCUCUGUUUGAUUUGUGCAUCUAAGCCGGUGUACUGAGUUUCACCCGGGUGUGUUGGCCAACUGUCGGAGCGAUAGACAAAACGGCUCGUCGGUGCGUGUUUUAACAGCGGUCGGUGUGGUCGAUGGAAGAGAAAUACACUUUAUGCUGCUUUU